AUUCUCUAUAGGGUUCCAGUGACAUCUCUUAAAAGAGUUCGAUUAACUUGCAAAACGUGGAACACUUUAUCCAAAGAGUUAAGCUUUUCAGAAAAGCAUCUUGGCCAAGUAAAGGAAAAGGAGUUUCUCGUGGUCAUGGUGAUGGAUUUUAGGGUUUCUCUUUUGAGUGUCAGUUUUAACAACAACGUUGAAUCAUGUAUAAAGCGUGAAGGUCAAGUUAUUAGCUUAGAUGGUUCAAAUCAACUCAAAGUACUUCAAAAUUUUCAUUGUGAAGGUUUAUUGUUGUGCUCUUUAGUUGAAACUGCUACGCUCGUAGUUUGGAACCCGUAUCUCGGGCAAACCCGGUGGAUCGAGACCAGCCAUGAUUACCGAGUAUAUGCUCUUGGAUAUGAGAAGGUCAGCAAAUCUUGCUGCAACUACAAAAUCUUGAGAUUUGGUUAUUACAACAUCUACGACUUUAACUCUGAUUCAAGCUUUGGUAAUUACAACAUCUACGACUUUAACUCUGAUUCUUGGAGGGUUCUUUAUAUCUCAGAAUACCAUCAUUUAGAAGUAAAUUUGGAUCGUGAUCUUGGUGUUUCUCUCGAGGGUAAUACGUACUGGAUUGCUUCAGAUUACUAUGAAGCCGAAACUCCUGUGUUCUUAUUGUGUUUUGAUUUCACAAGAGAGGUAUUUGCGACGAGUAUCCCUCUCCCGUUCAAGCGUCUUCGUUAUGAAUAUGUUGUGGCUCUGUCUAGUGUUAGAGAAGAGCAACUUGCUGUGUUACUUCAACGUUGGGACUUACAAAAGUUGGAGAUAUGGAUUACGAAUAAGGUAGAGCCCAACACGGUGUCAUGGGGAAACAAGUUCUCCGUGGAAGUGAAUAUGAGCUUUCUCAAUGCCUUUCGGAUUCCAAGUACUAGAUUCUUCAUCAACGAAAAGAAGAAAUGUGUUGUGGCUUUUGACAAGCACGAUGAUAACGGUUUAAUGAGCGAAACUCGCAAUGUAGCUUGUAUAGUUGGAGUUGAUGGUCCUUUGGAAGAAGUAGAACUUGCUGAGCCUACUAUAUACGCAUACGGUUUCCCAUUUGUUUGCUCUUACGUUCCAAGUUUAGUGCAACUUCAUUAGUCCAAUUCUUGUUUUUUUUCUAUGUUCAUAUUAAUUGACUACUUGGUUCCACUGCCUUGUGUUGCUUUAGUGUACCAUAUAAGAAAAAUGGCUGAUACCAUAUAUCAAUAUGAAUA